AUGCUUGGUGAUGCUAAGAUUGAGUUGCCCAGGGAGCCUAAGCACAAGGGCAAAACCGAGACGGCGCCAGGCGUGAGACUGCAGACAGCCGAGCCUCAGACCGCAUCGUUACGCCACUCAUUGACCUUCGCACCAACUCACUCAGUCCCUCUUCACCUGCAUCGACACCAUUCAAUGCAGCGCAUCUUCUGGAAGUUUGUUGCCGUGGUUGUGCUGCUGGGAAGCGUCUAUCUCUCGGUCAAGCACUCCUCAGCCAAGAGUCCCUUCGUCAGCACGGCGGGCCAGGAAGCGACAAGCGUGCCCUUGGGGAUCAAAAGCGCAAAUUGUCGGCUGCCAGUGUCUCUGGACCCAUCUUCAGCCGCCUCUGACCAUGACCUCUUCGUCUCCUCCUUCUCGGAAGACCAGGUCUGGCCGUCGGUGAGUAUUGGAAUCUUGGUGCGCAAUAAAGCCCACAGCUUACCCUAUUUCCUCGGGGCUCUGGAAUCCCUGGACUACCCGAAGUCCCGGAUCCACUUGUACAUUCGAGCCGACAACUGCCUCGAUGACAGCCUCACUGUCCUCCGUAGGUGGGUGGCCGCUGCCGCUGGCGCCUAUCACGCCGUCGAGCUUCUCGAAGACAGCAAGACAGCGCAGUUGCAAGGAAUACCAGUCGCCUGGACGCCGGAGCACUACGAACAUUUGAUAGAGUUGCGACAGGCGGCUCUAGACGCGGCGCGGCGAGCCUGGGCCGACUUCCAUUUCUCCCUCGACGCUGAUGUGAUUCUCAUGAACAAGAGGACCCUGCGCGACCUGGUGGAGGCCACUUUGGUGCCGCCUCCCGGGGGGAACAUCAUAGUGCUAGCGCCGAUGCUUAACUGUACCACCUCGGAGGUAUACUCCAACUUUUGGGGGGCGAUGACCGAAGAGGGCUACUACAAACGAUCUGACAAUUACUUUGACCUCCAGAAGCGAGUCUCUCUGGGCAUCCAUCCUGUCGCCAUGGUCCACUCCGCCCUGCUCGUCAAUCUGCGCAACCUAGUCGCCCGCCAAAUCAACUACAGUCCAAGGCCAGACACCUACCAGGGUCCCGUGGACGACCUAAUUAUAUUUGCCCGCAUCGCUCAGACCGCAGGAAUAUCGCUUUACCUGGACAAUCGUCAGUUCUACGGCUACUUCGCGAUGCCGGUUGACGAAUCAGACGUGGAGGCGAUGCAA